UCAGGAUCCGGCGGAAUUCGACAGCGACCCCCGAAUCUCCUUCUCGAAAUUGGACAACAAGUUUAUCCUAGAAACAGAGGAUGGGCAGGAGUACGUUUACGAUACGGUGUUAAAGCGAUGGAUUCCGACGGUGUGUGCGCGCUCUUUCUCCAGCUGGGUGAUCCCUACUGCGUUUUCCAGCUGUUGAAGUCCUGCAUUUCCUGCUCUCUUCCCCCUCGUUUCCCGUUUCUCUUUUACGACCAUGCAACAUUAUACCUAUGAACCUUCUUCUGUUGCAAGUAGACAGGAAUGUCUAUUCUCGCAGGGAUAUUGAUUGGUUCGUGACACUGAUUGCUUGGUUGGCGCCGCUUGCGCGCCCGGGGUGCCUCCAGGUCGAUGAAGACUUGCUACAACAGCAGCAAGAAGCAUAUAGAGUCCAGGGUGUGGAUGAGGAUGAACAGGUCACGGCAUCGCAGCUGAGGAAGAAGCGCAAGCAAGAAACCGCCGAUGAGGGCAACGGACAAAAGCCUAAGAAACAGCGCGUCAAUACGGCCAUCUUCGUGACAUCGAUUCCUCUGAAUGCGGACUUUGAAGAAAUUCGGGAUGUCUUUUCGAAAUGCGGCGUGAUCGCUGAGGAAAUUGACAGCGGCAAGCCGCGCAUCAAGAUGUACACCGAUGACAACGGCAAGUUCAAGGGCGAAGCUCUCGUCGUGUAUUUCCGACCCGAAUCCGUCAAUCUCGCGAUACAGAUGCUGGAUGAUUCGGACUUCAGGCUUGGAGUAACAGGACCGCAAGGGCCCAUGCGUGUGCAGCAUGCGGACUUUUCGUUCAAGAGCCAGCAAGAGGCACCGACCAAGACCAGCAUGAGGGACAAGAAGAAGAUUAUGCGGCGGACUCAGAAGCUGAACAGCAAACUCGCUGACUGGGAUGAUGAUGAUCCGUCGGCUAUGGCGGAGACGACUUCCCGUUUUGACAAGGUUGUCAUCUUGAAACAUAUGUUCACGUUGAAGGAAUUGGAGGAGGAUCCCGCGGCUAUUCUCGAUAUCAAGGAAGAUAUUCGUGACGAGUGCUCCAAGCUGGGAGAGGUGACCAAUGUGGUCCUAUACGAUAAGGAACCCGAGGGAGUGGUGAGCGUUCGCUUUUCUGACCCCGAGCCGGCCAGGAAGUGUGUCAAGAUGAUGGAUGGGCGGUUCUUCGCUGGCACCCGUGUCGAUGCAUAUAUUGCGGAUGGCAGUGAGAGAUUUAAGAAGACCAAUGAGAAGCGCGCGGCGCUGGAAGAUCUGGCCGAGAGAGGACUGGAUGCUUCCGACGAAGAAGAGGAGCAGCGGUUGGAUGAGUUUGGCACGUGGUUGGAAAGCUCUCACACGGUCGAGAAUACGGCCAAGUGAGAGGGUUGGUUGCUGUAACCAUUGGCGGAUCUGCUGGAUAAGCGUAAUAUCUGAGGUUGGUUGAUCAUUUCGGAGGAUCCCGUGGAUGUAGAUAUGUCUUAUGUAUUAUAGCGGACGGGUGUUACAUGGAUUCG